AUGUUCAAAUCUCUGAGAUUUGCCGUCGCUUCUAUCUAUCUAUGGCCCACCGUUGGUCGGUCUCAAGGCAUGCCGACGUGCUUGAUUAAAGACGUUAGAAACAGGUGCAUUAACAUGUUUGACUCGCAGAAGAACGGAACCGGAAAGAAUGAAGCUCUAGAUCCUCUAGUUGGAUUCUUUUUGAGUCGGGGUAGUUUUAAGAGGGAAUGGAAAUAA